CCUCCUGAACUGCGACUUGGCCGGCGCAGGAGCACAGAUUCAGAAACAUGCUCACAGCAGGCCAGAAUUGUGCAGAAAAUAUCCCAAGACAAACAGCAUGGGGUGGGGGAUAGAGGCCUGCACAGGGACCAGGUAUGAAUCCCGGCUCUGUCGUCUCUUACCCACUGUGUAAUCCUCGACAAGUCCCUUCCUUGCUCUGGCCUCAGUUUCCCUUCCUGAGAACUGACUAGGCGGGUGGGGCUCCCCCACCCAGGGCCGUUGAACUCACCUGAGGCUGGCUGAGGCCGGAGGGCCUGAGGCUGUUUCCCCGGGAGACGGGGCCCGCGUCCCGCUCCUGGCUGGCACACUCGAGAACAUUUGCUCUCCUGACCAACGGACAGCCCGUCCCGCCUCCGCCCUCACCCCCUUGCCAUCCCCAAAGCAAACGAAGCUGAUUGUCUUAGCCGGCCCUGUGGGUGCCGGCCGGGUGGCUAGCCGCAGGCCACAGGCGGAGGUCCCACCCGCCAGGGCCCCGCCGGACACACAGGGCAUUGUCCCUCAGUCAACAGCCCCCGGGCACCUCGGCCCGGCUCCUGGCCUGCCCCCACGCCCCUCGCCGCCAGGCCCAGCCAGCUGGGGGCCCGAGGCUCCCAGCUGAUGACGAGCCCACCCAGCCACCCCCCAGCAGCCCCCUGACGAGCUAUAAUUGCUUCGCUCCUUCCUGUUGCUGCCAUUCUCUUGGCGGAGGCAUCUGGGGUUCCAGGCGGGCGGCAGCUGCUGGCCAACCGCCUGGCUCGCGGGAUGGACUGGCCGCACAACCUGCUGUUCCUUCUGACCUUCUCCAUCUUCCUGGGGCUGGGCCAGCCCAGGAACCCCAAAGGCAAGAGGAAGGGGCCAGGGCGGCCUGGAACGCUGGCUUCUGGGCCUCACCAGGUGCCGCUGGACCUGGUGUCACAGGCGAAGCCGUACGCCCGCAUGGAGGAAUACGAGAGGAACCUCGGGGAGAUGGUAGCCCAGCUGAGGAACAGCUCUGAGCCGGCCAGGAGGAAGUGUGAAGUCAACCUGCAGCUGUGGCUGUCCAACAAGAGGAGUCUGUCGCCCUGGGGCUACAGCAUCAACCACGACCCCAGCCGCAUCCCCGCGGACCUACCGGAGGCGCGGUGCCUGUGUCUGGGCUGCGUGAACCCCUUCACCAUGCAGGAGGACCGCAGCAUGGUGAGCGUGCCUGUGUUCAGCCAGGUGCCCGUGCGCCGCCGCCUCUGCCCGCUGCCACCACGCACGGGGCCCUGCCGCCAGCGUGCGGUCAUGGAGACCAUUGCGGUGGGCUGCACCUGCAUCUUCUGAAUCAGAGCCUGCGUGGGGGGGGGGGGGGCGGCGGAGACCACCCUCCCUGCGCCCCCGCGCCAAGCCAGGCCAAUGAAAAGUUAAACGCUGUCUUUUGUAAAGCGAGACUUUGGGUUCGCUCCUUGGGGCUCAGAAGCCGAAACCAGGGUGGGGGAUGGGAGGCUGUUGGGAUGUAGAUUUCAGAUCAAUAAAAAGGGAUAUUCCAUCGCUCAGCGGUCUCCAACACUGACAUAGGUUAUUUAAAAAAUACUGCAUUCACUCUACCAUUUAGGGCAGUCACAUACUUCCUUUAAUUUGGGUUUGUAAGCCUACUUCAACCAUGUUAUUGGAGCUUCAUUGAUAUAAACCUAUAUAGGAGUGAACAAACACCAUCUCUCCCCCAGAUAAGUCAAGGACGGUUGCGAGUAAGCUCUUAGGGAAGCGGGGAGCUUCCAGUUUCUGGAAAAACCCGGCUAAUGCUGAAGCUCUAUGGAUACUGUGGAGCAGAUCCUGCUUUGGUUAGAGUAAGUGACCUAGAAGGGCUCUUUCAGCUCUGAGAUUCUCUGCAGGUCAGCCCUAGACCCACAAAAGAGCCUUCAGGUUGCCAGAGAGUGGGGGGGGUUUAAUCUGGGCCAGCCAGCCCCUGAAACUUUCACGCGGGUAUGGAUUUUUCCGGGCUGGGAUCCCUUGCUUUGAACAAACACUCAAGAGUUGGGAAGCACCCGUGUCGAUCAUUCUUUCCUCCAGCCUUAUGUGUAAGGGGACCUGGAUAGAUGGUUUCAUGAUAUCGGCGGUUCCCAAACUUUAGCUAGCGCCAGAAUCACCUGGAGUACUCGUUAAAACACAGAUCGCGGGGGCCCCACGUGCAGGGGUUCCAGGUGGGAGCUGAGACUUCGCAUUUCCAGUGCAGUGGUUCCCGGGUGAUAGCUGCUUGUCCGGGGGCCACACUUGGAGAACUUGGAGAACCUCUGGCUUAUAUCAAGAUACUUUGCUGAUCAGAAAGGCAGUGUGGACUGCCUUGUCGUUAAACCCCUGCUGGUUCCUGCCCUUUGGAUAAGUCCCCGCUCCCCCCAUUACCUCCUUGCAAUUCAAUCCUCCCCCUGACCUCCUAGCCCCCCGCGGCUAGUCCUAAACCAGUUGUUCCAGGGUCUAAAAAUACCUUCCCUCCCCCCAAGACAGCUGAGGGGCUCAGGCUAUUUUGUGAGGUUAAGAACAGCUGGCACUUCAGGGUUAAUUUCAACAGGAGGGCCAACAGCCAACAGAGGGCCACUUUGCUUGGCGACUCUUCCUUCAGUGCCUAAAGCAGUUUUAGCUCUGAAGGUUUUAAGAGUCCAAUUCAUGAAAGGGCAAUGAUUAGGUAUGAGCCUGUCUGGGGUGGUAAGCAACUUACCUUUUUUGGUAUUGUUCUAGAGCGGAUACUGGUUAAAAUUACCCCAGGAAGCUUUGGCCUGGUUCCAGACACAUGGAAAAUAGACUUCAUGUGCCAGCCCAAGCUGAUGCCUCCAGCAGCCGGCCCUCCUCCCCAGGGGUUGUUCGCCUGUGAGGCCCCACAGCCCGCUCUCUAGGCCUUAGUAAGACUUCAGCAGCACACGAGGGACCCACGGCGUCAAGGCCUUGUGGUGGGGUGCAGGCGUGGGAAGAACUGAGCUGCAGGAUGGUUGCUCUAGUGGGAGACUCGGGUUCCCUGGGGCAUAGGGAUUGGGCGGGGAGACUCCUCAUCCGGGUGGGACAGGCUGCUCUCCUACUGGAGCAUCAGACACACAGAGAUCCUCAGUAAGUGCCGGUUAGUUUUAUAUGGAUGUUGCUUUUUCCUAACUUUCUGGGCUUCAGUAUUCUCGUCUGUGAAACAAGCAGAUGGGAUUUCGGAUCUUCAGGGUCUUUCCCAGUGUUACCAUUCUGCAGCCUAGGAACUUGGCCUUGGGAGCCUGGGCUGGCAGCUGGCCCUUUCUAGUCCCCUGGUUUAAAGGCAGCAGCAGGGAGCUCAGGACCUUUGGAGGUCCAAGGAGAGAGCUGGGUCUACACUGUGCCCAGGAACCUCCUUUGGUUUGAGUCUAUGUGUGACUCAUAUUUUACACUGUCUGGUAAGAACCCCCCACUCCAUGAGCAUAGGGGCCUUAUCUGCAUCUCCAGCACUCAGCACGGGGUCCAGUGCAAAAGAGUGCAGGGCUGGAUGCAUGAAUGCAUGCUGAAUGCAUGCAUGCACGCAUGCACAGGGGCCUCUAGGGGGAGCCCAAGGUUUGCCCCAGCUCCUGUUGCUCCUUCAAAGGUGUGUCAAGCGGGGUAGGGGGGCGCCUGGGUGGCUCAGUCGGUUAAACCUCCGACCUUCGCUCGGGUCAUGAUCUCGCGGUCCCUGAGUUCAAGCCCUGCAUCGGGCUGUGUGCCCACCACUCAGAGAGCC